AUGGCUGUGAAAGACGGAGGCGUCGAAGGCAUCCUCGGCAAGGGUGCUCGCAUGACCGGGCGCCAGGUCAUGAAGUGUGCUCUAGUCAUGCUGCCCGCCAUCGUAGUCGUCUUCGCCCUGGGCACGGCGGCCUCCAACGCGCCACCGAUGGAGCUUCCGCAGCUGCCAAUGGUUCCCGUGUUGCCCCACAAGCAACUCGUGAAGCCCGACACCCAGGAGGUGGCCACGAGCGCCGUGGGCGGUGGUCUGGUGCCCGACUGGGCUCGGCCGACGACGCUCUUGGAGACUAUCGUGCAUCGCAUCCGGGGAAGCCGCCCCUGCAAGAGCACCGAUGGUAUCGAGGAGGGCACCUGUCUGCCCACGCACAGCUGCUCCUCGACCGGCGGGGCCAGGCUUACUUCGAACGACUGCCACUUUACCACAGUCUGUUGCAAGCUGCCCCAAGAAGUAAGCAGCGCCGUGUCGUGUGGCGGCUCCAUCAGAAGCAACAACACUGCGUUCCGGAACCCUGAAUUCCCGGGCGAGUUCCGUCAGAGUGGCUUGUGCAGUGCCGAGGUCUUGUUCGGCCGCGAGGUGUGCCAGCUUCGCCUCGACUUCGUGCACUUCUCGCUGGCGGGACCGCGGGUCAACGGACCACGGGCUGGUCUGUGCGACGAUGACGUGUUCACCGUGGCUACUAAUCUGGGCAGCAUCCCGUACCCGACCCUAUGCGGAGAGAACGCCGGACAGCACAUGUACAUCGACGUGUCCGAGGCAACCCGCGCUGUUCUCAGCGUCAACAUCGGAGGCGAGGCGCCGCAGGGACGCAAGUGGCACAUCCGGGUCUCCUUCAUUCACUGCCUUUCUCCACAGAAGGCCCCUGCUUCGUGCCUGCAAUACUUCCCGGAACCCCAGGGAGAGUUCAACAGCUUCAACUAUAUACCCGGGGCUCCCAAGCAGCAGUUGAUCGCCGGCCUCAAGUACAGCAUUUGCUUCAGGAGGCAGCUCGGCCUCUGCCAGAUCAACUUCACUCCAGCUACUACAAAUGAGCUCUUCCAAAUGGGCAACGGCAUUGGUCCACUGACUGGAGCGCGGAACUGCGAAGACGCGUACCUGUUCGUGCCCAGCGGUUCCAACCGGGCCCUCCUCGAGGACACCACCUCGGACCGAUUCUGUGGAAACGGAUUCCCAGGAGGAUCCGUCAGCUCUGACGUGCAGCCGUUCGCCGUGUCCGUGGUCACUUCUAAGCCUCGCGGCUCGACCAGUGGCGUGGGCGCAGGGUUCGCCACCCGUUCUUUUGAUGGCGGCGUGGCCGUCAGCCACGAUGGCCGCCACGGUUCGCACCAGCCUCCCGUCAUCUCCCACCCUUCGCUAGCCAUGUACCAGCAGAUGUACCAGCAGAUGCUGCAACAGCUGCAGGCCUACAAGCCUAGCCCUGGCAGCCAAGUCGGCUUCGUCAAGGACCAGUUCUCAGUGAUCAAGCACUCACCGCAUAACCUGCAGCACUUCCAGAACACGCCGUUUUUGCCCCCGCAAACGUCCCUCAUCACAGUCGUUGAGCGUCCCGACCCGGCUUCCGGCCCUGGAGUGCAGGAACAGCCGCAGCCUGUGGAUGCGAUCGAAGCAUCCAACUCUCACGUGGGCGGCUUCCGUCUUCGCUACUCGAUGAGCCACUGCAACAUGUAACAUGAGUGCCAGCAAUCCAGCGCCACUGAAGAGGAUUCAUUUCUUCCUGUAAAUAGGCUUACAUUACGAAUAAACCAUUCCUGUAAAUAAAAUUACGCCUCAUGGAAAGUGGC